ACGUGUGCUCCAGCGUGCUUCGCCACGGUCCUUCGUAUGAUUUGUACUUAGGUCCUAGGGAAGCUUUCUGGACCCGUUCCUGCUGCGCGGAGGGUGACUCAUUCCCCACAGCAGUGCAAUCUAGCACUGUAAUCCAGAGUGUAUAUUGACUGCCUCGCCACUGGCCCCAGAAGCUUUCAUCUGAUAUACUCCGUUUUGACUUUUCCACUCUGUUCCACAGGCCAUACAUUUUCGCCGCCUGUUUUCUUAUUCAUAUUCGCGACUAUAUUCUCUUGAGUGUAAGGCAGGUCUCCACACUUGUAAAUCCUCCAGAAUUCACGAGCAUCACAACGCUCUCAACAUGUCCAGUACCGUCGCAGAACCUGCACCGGCCGAUGCAACGAGAGGCUCCCAGCGUCGAAGACGACCACGAAAUAGAGGUGGUGGCCAGGCCACUACGACUUCAGAAAGCGCUCCGCAGCAAGGCCAGACUGAUACCGCAGCAUCAUCAUCACAACAACAAUCAAGGCGGGGUGGGAGGGGCCCCAGAGCUUCUCAGGGCCAAGGGGGAAGGAAUAAUAGGAAUCAAGAGACAAGGACUCAGAUGCAAGAUGGCACCUCUCGAAAUAGCCCAGCGGACGGUUCUGCGGUUUCAGCGCGAGGUGGUCGUGCCGGCAGAGGUCGAGGAAGAGGUGGGCCUCCUGCAUCUAGGAAUAUGCAAACAGGGCCCGGUGGACGACGAUUUGGCGGGCAAUUGACGGAUGAAAACGCGUCACAAACAACAGAACCGAAAGAUCUCCGCGCCGAUGCUCCCGCAUUCGAGCCCGGACAAGCUUCUGAUACCAUUCCUAAGGGUCCCCGGUCGAAACCCCCGGUAGCACACUCGAGAGUUAAAGCCCCCAAAUCUACGGCGACAGACAUUGCAACACGAACACAUGAAGAUAUUGAUAAUGGCUACUACGAGUGCGCGGUCUGCUAUCAAGAAUUGAAGAGACGCUCAAGAGUGUGGUCAUGCCGGACGUGCUGGACAGUCUUCCAUCUGGGCUGCAUCAAGGAAUGGUCUGGUAAAGAGGGCUCAUCUGUUGCUCGUCCUCAGCUAGCAGAUGGAGAAGAGCCCGCACCUCGACAAUGGCGAUGUCCAGGCUGUAACUUGCCUAAGGAUGUCCUCCCAAAACACUUCACUUGCUGGUGUGAGAAGGAGGUUGAGCCGAAACCUUUGCCUGGCCUUCCACCAUUCUCUUGUGGCCAAACCUGUGCAAGAUCGCGCAUUGUUCCGAAGAGAUGCCCACACCCAUGUCCUGAUAUAUGUCACGCAGGCCCUUGUGCACCAUGUACGCAGAUGGGUCCCAUACAAUUCUGCUUCUGUGGUAAGAAAUCUGUUACUCGGCGCUGCAUUGACACAGACUACGAGAAUGGAUGGAGUUGUGGAGAAGACUGCGGUGAACUUAUGCCAUGUGGUAUACAUUCUUGCACGCGCCCAUGCCACGAAGGUCUUUGCGGCGCCUGCGAAGUCCGCGUUCCUGCACGAUGCUUUUGUGGUCAAUUAUCGAAAGAAAUUCUCUGCUGCGACCGGGAGGAGGAGGCAGAGAGCAGUCAAUCGCACAUUUCAAUAGAUGGCUCGAUAACGAUCGAACACUGGACUGGGUUAUUCCAGUGCCCUGAUGCGUGCGGCCGACUCUUUGAUUGCGGGAAACAUCGUUGUGAGAAACCUUGCCAUCCGCAAGACUCGGACCAAUCGCACUGCCCUCGUUCUCCAGAUCUCGUCUCACAUUGUCCAUGUGGGAAAACACUACUAACUAUGAUCACCGAAAAGCCUCGACUUUCCUGCGAAGACCCAAUUCCGAAUUGCUCUGAGCCCUGCAACAAACUGCUACCAUGCGGGCAUCGUUGUCAGAAAUUAUGCCAUCAAGGCGAGUGCUCGUCUUGCCUACAGUCAAUGUCGAUCCCCUGCCGUUGUGGUCGUACGCAGUCCCUUACCAUCUGUCACCAAGGCGUAGAGGAACUUCCACAGUGUAUGCGAGUUUGUCGCGUCUCACUCAAUUGUGGGAGACAUGAAUGUGGCGAACGAUGCUGCUCCGGUGAGCGAAAGGCAUCAGAACGCCAAGCUGCCCGGCGCAAACCACGAUCCUUGGACGCACCCCGUCGACCUGCAGAAAACUUUGAAGCCGAGCACAUAUGUACACGAAGCUGCGGGCGACCGCUAAAAUGUGGCAAUCCAGAUCAUCGCUGCCAGGAGCUUUGUCACAAAGGUGCUUGUGGUACCUGUCGAGAAGCAAUUUUCGAUGAAGUCAGCUGCAAUUGCGGACGUACAGUUCUGCAGCCGCCGUUGCCAUGCGGUACCUCACCCCCUCCUUGUCGAUAUCAAUGCGAGCGUUCUAAGGACUGUGGACACCCCCAGGUUGCUCACAAUUGCCAUCAAGAUGAAGAGAGCUGUCCAAAAUGCCCAUUCCUCACUACCAAGCAUUGCCUGUGUGGUAAAAGCACACUAAAAAACCAACCCUGCUGGCUCAGCGAAGUUCGUUGUGGUGAAAUAUGCGGACGAACGCUUAAAUGUGGGGUUCACAAAUGUCGUAAACAAUGUCACCGUUCAGGUGAAUGCGAAGAACCUUGCAGACAGCCUUGCGGAAAAGAAUUGAGCGUUUGUGGGCAUCCUUGCAUGGCACCCUGCCACGCUCCAGCUGCCUGCAUGGAGGAUACUCCGUGCCAGCAGAAGAUGCUCGUUACGUGCGAGUGUCAGCGAAUCAAACAAGAACUCAAAUGCAACGCAUCCAAGAAUGGCACUGGCAAUUUGAACAAUGUUCUCAAGUGCGAUGCAGAAUGCGCUCGCCUUGAACGUAACCGUAAACUCGCGUUGGCCUUAAACGUGGAUCCGGAAGCUCAGCAGAAUGACCACAUUCCCUACUCGGCUGAGACUUUGAACAUGUACCAAGGUAAUUCGACUUGGGCAGCUGCGCAAGAAAAGAUAUUCCGCACAUUCGCUUCAGAUCCAGCCGAAAAGCGCCUCCGCUUCAAACCAAUGCCUGCUAACCAGCGUGCAUUUCUACAUUCCAUCGCCGAAGACUUUGGUUUCGAUCAUGAAAGCAUGGACCCUGAACCGCAUCGACAUGUUUUUAUCUUCAAAACACCUCGUUUCGUUAUGGCGCCCAUGAAGACAUUGGCCGAGUGUGCAAGGGUCCGUCAAGUACAACGUGUUGGUACUGCAGGUGCCAGUACGGUGUCUACCACCGUUCCAAGUACCCGACCUAAGCCACUGUCUGGGGACCCUUUCAACUCCUACUUGAUUACAAAGCCUCGUUUUGCGCUCACAGUCGAAGAAGUCAAUUCUGCGGCAAAGGCAGCACUUGCGAAAACUCAAUUUCCUCUUGAGCUUGAGGUUCAUUUCCUCCCAAGCGAGGAUGUUGUUCUUCAACUUCCUUUCUCGGCUCGCGCGAACAUCACAGAUUCCGAGAUGCAGACCAGACUCGAGUCUAUCAAGCCAGUGCUCUCUCAAACGAUAACAUCACAGAAGAUCGGUACGCUCCAGUUGGCUCGAGUGGACUCUUCUCUGAAUGUCAUUCGUAAGGAAAAUGAUGUGAACGCAUCGGGUAGUGGCUGGAGUGAGAUUGCAAGGAAAGGGGCACCCGCAAGGCGAGCGGAGAAAUCCAUGCCGGUAGGAAACCGUGGAGGAUUUGCGGUGCUCAGUCUGAGUAGUGCGAAGAAGAAGAAAGAAAAGGCAGCCGAAGUAGUUGAUGAUUGGGAGACAGCAGAACUACUUGAGGAAGAAAAGGAGAGAGUCAACGAAGCCAACAGUGCAAUUGCAAGCGAAGACGAAGAUCGAGGAUCCACUAAUCCGGCUCGCAACGAAGGGUUUGGCACUGAGGGCAGCAUCGGCGAAGGCAUUAGCACCCGACCGACUGAGGUACGGUGGGCCGACUUGGACGAAGAAUAGCUGUACUCGUAGGCUCCAAGCGUUGGCACGUAGCUAAAUGCAUGUGAAGAAAAUUUCGAAAUGUAACUCUGAA